AUGGAGUCGCCGCGCUCAGCAAAGCGAAGAAAGCUCGAGACGAUACCAGAAAGCCCCCAACGCACCACAGCAGCAGCCGCACCACCGCCCACGGCAAAGACACCUCGACGAGACCAACAUGAAGCCCGCGACACAAUCCGCGUCGCCAGUGUCGUUACACCCUCGUCACUCAAUCUGACACCCUCCAAGCCGACGCCGCGACCAGCGCCCAUGUCGGCCACCAAGAGCAACAGCAAGAUUGGUGGUCUGAUGGCUCGACUGAACGCAAAGAUUGCUGAGAGCCAGUCGCCGCAAAAGUCUCCUGUCAAGAAUGGGACCAAUGGCGCUGCUGCUGCCCCAGCGCCAGAGUUACAAGAGCUGGAAAAGAAUGCAAAGGUCAAGACGCUGUCGCAGAAGCUGAGGGAGAGUUUUGAGCAAGAGCAGCUGGAGAGGGCCGCAAAGAGGAAACCGAAGCGCACCCUGGAAGACCAGAUGAGGGAUAUUCAGGAUGCCAGUCGAAGAGAAGUGCAGGGAGAAAGAGCGACCAUCUCUCCUGUCAAGUCACAGCCACUAGCCACGACUGAGAAGAGGAAGCCGGGACGACCAAGGAAACACCCCAUCGUCGAGACAGACACGACUGAAGACGAUGGACCCGUGAGUCCUUCCAAACUCGCCUCUGCCAGGAAACCGUUAUCUCGUGCCAUGAGUCCUAUGCUCUUGGACGUCAAUGGCACACGACAACCUCAAUUCACUCCUCGGAAAGCCAUCUCCAGUCCGCUGAAACCACGACCAAAAGCAAUGAUAGACCUGGACAUCAAACCCACACAAACAAACGCCUCAGCCAAUCUCGAGAUCCCCAGUAGCGACUUGCAAGCUAUUCAAUCUGCCAUCCUCGACCAAUUGCAAGAACGAACACAUACUCCUUUCGUCGGCCUCUCUUCCGAAUACGAAAAACUCGCCUCUGUAGUGGACCAGACCAUUGUAGCUGGAGAAAGUAACAGUAUCCUCAUCAUCGGCGCUCGAGGGACCGGCAAAUCCGCAGUUUUGAACUCAAUCUUGGAUGCCCAGUAUUCUACAAAUCCGGACUUGUUUCAUGUUGUUAGGCUCAGUGGCUUCAUUCAUACAGACGACAAAAUUGCUUUACGAGACAUCUGGCGCCAGCUCGGCAAAGAAGCAGACGCCGAACAAGACUUUGCAGCCCAGAAUGCCGCCGACACAUUGACUACACUUCUGGCCUUGCUCUCCCAUCCUGAAGAACUAGGCAGGAGUGCCGAUCAAGUCAACAAGUCUGUCAUUUUCGUCCUUGACGAGUUUGAUUUGUUCACCACGCAUCCACGACAAACCCUCCUUUACAACCUGUUCGACAUUGCACAAAGCAGAAAGGCUCCGAUCGCUGUCAUUGGCACCACCACUCGAUUUGAUGUUGUUGAGCAGUUGGAAAAGAGAGUCAAGAGUCGGUUUUCGCACAGACACGUUCAUUUGUCUUCUGCGGCCAACCUUUCUGCUUUCAGAGAGAUGUGUCAGAAUGCAUUGACGCCGUUUUGUGCGGAAAGUCUUUCUGAAGAUGGGAAGCGGGUGUGGAAAGAGCUUGUCAAUGAUCUCUUCACCACUGAAAGCUUCAAUACCCAUUUGAGGGNNGGGCUGUACUACUUGAACAAGAGUGUCAGGGCUUUUCAUACGAGUAUGUUGGUGGCUGUCAGCACCUUACCUACUUCUGCGUCCACCAACAAAGCAGAAGACUUGCUCAACCAUCUCAGCGACAUGACCUCGCUGUCUCUGCUCACACCGCCAGACUCUAAACUCGCAGCCUUGGCUUCUUCAUCGACACUUCAACUCGCCCUUCUGAUCGCUGCAGCCCGCCUCACCAUCAUCCACGACACCGAUACCGUCACCUUCCCCCUCGCACACGCCGAAUAUGUCUCGCUAGCUUCCAAAGCCAAAAUUGCAGCCUCGGCAUCUGGACAAAUGGCUGUUGGAGGUGGGAUCGGUAGAGUGUGGAGUAAAGAGGUGUGCAAGACCGCUUGGGAAGGAUUGGAGAGAAGGAAACUGGUCUUGGGAGAGGGUAAGCAGGGAGUCUUCAGGGUCGAUGUCAGACUAGAAGAGAUUGGUGAGGCCGAAGUUGAGUUGGGGAGUACGAUGGCCAAGUGGUGUAGAGAAAUCUAG